UUUAUGUAUCAAAAUGGCCAUCUGGUGCUGGGCAGCUGGUUUUGGGUUCAUGUUUACGCUGGUAGUGAUGGUUGGAAAACUCAGAUUCUGUGGCCCUAAAUAUAUUGACCAUUUCAUGUGUGACUUUUCUCCAUUAAUAACACUUUCUUGUUCAGACACAAGCACAGCUCAAAUUCAAUCAUUUAUCCUUGCAGUUAUAGUUGUGCUUUUACCAUUUAUGAUUAUUAUUGUAUCCUACAUGUUUAUCCUUGGGACAAUCUUUAGCAUAUCAUCAGUUAUAAGACGGCAGAAAGUCUUCUCCACCUGCAGUUCUCAUCUCAUGGUGGUAUCAAUGUACUAUGGGACUUUAUUAGCUCUUUAUCUGGCACCUUCAAAAGGACAGUCAACAAACGUAAACAAGAUCCUCAGCUUGUUAUAUACGGUGGUGACACCAUUAUUUAAUCCAAUAAUCUAUGGUCUCAGGAGCAAAGAAAUCCAACAAACAUUGAUAAUAACACUAAGUAAAAUAGAUCUCUGAAAUAAAUAAAGCUACUUGAAAUUUUCCAUUAUACUGAUUUAUAGAGACAUCUGUAUUUACCUAAAUAUUUCAUUAAAACUAGCAAUGCACACAGUCUAAUAAGCUAUAAACCGACAUUGUUUUUGAUGUUGUAAGUUUUUUACAUUAUGUGCCGGGUUGGUAGUAUCUUUAUCUUUAGCACAGACAAAAUGCCAGUUAACCUAUACAAUAGUCCUCAAACAAGGCUAAUAAUCUUGGAAGAUAGUAUUUUGGUGCUUAUGUGAGAGGGUCUGGGCAUUAGGUUUAUUUUUAUUUUUAAAUGACAAAUAAAGUAACUGACCAGAAAGAAUGUAUAUUGGGGUUGGAACAGAAAUGACAUGAAAAGUUAUGAUAAAAUAGAGGUGAGUAGCUGCAGAUCAUCAGUUUUAACAGUCAAAAAAUAAAAGAUUUGACCAACCCUCCAAAAAUGUUACUUUUAGCAUGUUUGUAAAGAUUUAUUUAGUAAGCAGUGUAAUGCAGGAUAAUCAAAACCAAAUUUACAUUUUUAAGGACCAAAUAAUUGCUGUGAGAAGUUGAAUAAAAACUGAGUUUUUGCUUCCCUCAUUCAUGCAUGUGCAUCUAAAUGUAUCAAAAGUAAUGGAAAUCUAAUGGGACAGAAGACUUAUAGUAGACCUGUAUGUGAACGGGUGAAAGUAGAAUUAACAUAGCCUGUAUUAGAAAUUAAAUAUAAUGCGCGAUAGUAGUAGAGAUACUUGUACAUGGAUAGUAGAAUUUAAAUAUAAAUCUUAAACCUUACAAUAAGUCAUUGGUAUCUGAUCCAAAUCACUCACCUUAGUACAUCUAAUUCCAUAUAAUACUAACAGGAUUGUCCUUUAGGGACAUUAUCCAGCCAUUGACAUUUAUGACAGCUUUUUUUUUUAUGUAGCUAUUACAAUUUACUUUGUUGAAAAAAGAUUUACUUAUCAUGAAUUCAUUAAACAUAAUGCCAUUCUAACAACUACGUAUAUUGGUUUUUACUUAUAUACUUAUUUGUUUAUUGUUUCUUAUUGUUUCUUUGUUUUAAUAUAUAAACGUUAAAAUAAAAAAAGGGACACUUUAGGCACCCACACCACUUCAUCUCAUUGAUGGUUCAGAUGAGGAGGCCACAGUGGUUCCUGCUCAGGAUCCUCAGGCAGCCAACCGUGAGUAUUGCGCCAGCACCUGGGACGCUCUGGCUGGGUCCAGGGGAGGGGGAGAUGGAGAAGGUUUCCAGAGUAGUUUACCUAGGUUGCAGAGUCAGGAGGUGCUGAGUUUUCUAAGGGCAGUGCUAGAUAGGCUUCCUGGGGUUGAUUCUUGCUCUGCCCCUUGCCUCCUUCCUGCCCAGUUCCUGAGCCAGGGUAGGAGUAUUGAGGGUGUGCUCCCAGGGGGAGUGCGUCCGUGAUUUCCGGGCUGCAAAUUGACCCCAUUAGGGAUGCAUGUGUCGCUGGACAUCAGGGACAAAAUUAUUAAAGGUGCCCCCGGAUAGGGAAUCAGUGGAUAGGCCACGACGAGGUGACAUGUCGGAUGGGGGAAAAGGUAAGCAGCUGCCACGUACCUUUGGCAACUGGCUGCAGGGGUUCUCUAUUUAUGCAAGCAUUUUAACGCAGAGUUUUCCAGAGAAGGCGAGGAGUGUUGUUUUGGUACUUAGACCUGAUUUGGGGGACGUAUAAAAUAUAUGGGGGUCAAUGCUGGUUUAAGUAUGACCAGCAAUUUACCAGAAACUGGCAGUGAGUCCAGGCCUGAAUUUUGUCAUUCUGUUUAUGAAUCCCUGUCGGUCGUCCCCCUUUCCGCCUGGGCAGCGCAAAGGGGUUUGUUGGUUUCUUUAACGAGAGCUACUGCAGGUAGUAUGGAUCCUGCAGAUUCAAAUACGAAUGCUCCAAUUGUGGAGGAGUCUACCCUGCUUUGCGGUGCUUUAAAAAAGGCAAGCAAGGAAGUAGGUUUCCCAGAGAUGAUGUACCUAGAGUGGAGUACGCCGGUGAGAGUGGUAAGGAUGCGCCCGUGGCUUUGAUUUGUUUAAAGUGGUCUUAUGGCUUUUAAGCUUUGGAGAUGAAAAUAAAACUUUUUACAUUUCCAUUCAUUCAUAUUGCAUUUCAGUUCGGAUGAAUAUUAGCCAUGCAAACAAUUAGCAGAAAACAUUUCAGAUGAAACAAAGAGUGCGAAAUUGGCAAAAGUAUAAAGUAAAUGAAAAAAUCAAUAAAAGUACCUUUUCCUUUAAUUACUCAUAAUUAGUAGCCUUACUUGCAUACUCAAUAUUAAUUUUAAAACUCAAUUUAUUAAUAAUAUACAGAUAAAUUAAAAAAG